AUGGACCUCCCUACUGGCUCCAGCACCAAGGUGGCUGCACCCAAAGACUCCAAACUGGCAACAUUGAAAUCGUCCCUGUUGGCCAGUGCUGCUCUGGAGCUGAACAUCACCAUGUCACCACCACCAGCCAUAGACCUGGUGCUUUCUGCCAAAAAGGAGAUGAAGGCACUGAAGGUAUCGACCCUGCUGCUGCUUCUCGGUCUCUUCUCUUUUGGUAUUUACCACUUGGGCCAACUUGGCAAAGAAAGCCUCUGGAGCACCGCAGCACAGUUACAAGACCUGAGCAAAACCCUGUCCCUGCCAGACCAGCUCCAUAAGCUCCAGGAACAGCUUUACCAUCUGCGCUGGAGCACAAAGGAUGUUGCGGAGCAGGCUCUACAGGAAGGCGUGAAGCAGGCAAAGCUCCCAGGCUUUACCGGACGGGCUGUUCAGGAGAUCAUCAAUCAAGCCCUGGAGAAUCUGGUGGAAAUCCAGGUCCCGAUGCCGGAUUACGCCCUGAAAUCAGCAGGGGCUGCUGCCAUUCAUUCCAGGACUUCUCCAUCCCUCCGGAACGCCAAAGCCAAACUCUUCUUCUAUUCCCUGCCAUUGAUGGAUUACAUGAGGUCCCCUGAGCUUAUUCUGGAGCCAGAAAAUUAUCCUGGAAACUGCUGGCCUUUCCCAGGAAGUCAGGGUCACGUGUUCAUCAAGCUCUCUGUGCCAGUCAUUCCAAGAGCAGUCACCAUGGACCAUGUCUCAGGGACAGCGUUCCACGGAGAAAGUAUCUCCGGAGCUCCAAAGGACUUUGCUGUCUACGGCUUCAAGGAAGAACACGAGGAGCAGGGAAUGUUCCUGGGACAGUUCACUUUCCUGGCACCACUGAAUCCCAGUCAGACCUUCCAGCUGAAGAACGAGCUCCCUGGGGUCAUGAAUUACAUCAGGCUGCAAGUGCUGAGCAACUGGGGCCACCCGGACUACACCUGCCUGUAUCGCUUCAGGGUGCACGGUGAUCUGCCCAAAGAUGGGGGAGACACAGCAGUUGCAUCUGUCAAUAAAUUCCAUUAA